AUGAGCGGUGCUCUAGACUUUAGCAAACGAACUAUACCGAGUCCUGCACCCGAAGAUUCACCAGCAUCCUAUGGGAAGGUGGCUGUAGAUGCUCCCACUUCUCAGCCCCCGUCGGCCUUAUCUUUGCUGCUAGGCAAGUCCAAGCAGGACGACUCGAGCGGCGAUGUGUCGCCAAAUACGUCCGGGCCUUUUACUUUCAACCCCCCACAGUCGCCCAAUUCCAGCCGUUCUCAAAUACCGGCAACCCCCGGUUUCACGGCACCGUUUGUGCCGUUCGAUCCGGAGAGCCAACGCAGCUCGUCGACUUCAACGCCUGAUUCUGUGACCGCAUCGGUGCGUACCGGCUCUGUUUCGCGUAAUACAUCGUCCAUUCUGUCGCCGCCUUCCAGCAGUGGCGGAUUCGUGUUUGGUGCCGGCGAGAUCGGCAACGUUUCCUCUGCCCGCUACUCCACCUCUGUCUCCCGCGAGCCCCCCACGGUAGGCAGCGUUGAAGCACGAUUCAUUGUAAACUUACCACGUACCCCCUCGCAGGCCAAUGUCGGCAGCCAAAAUCCUUCCUCAUCUUUCCUUAGUCGCAGCUUGUCCCGGCUGUCGAUCUCCAGGACGCGAUCUCUUUCGGUGGCCAAGAACAAUGCCUCCUCAGCUGGCGCCGGUGGCUCAAGCACGAACAUUCGCCGGUUUGUCGACAAACCCUGGAAGAAGGAUUCGGGAUCGCCCGACGACGUCAGCAUUGCCGGAUCAUACGACUCUCAGUCCAGCAUUUCCGCGUUAGCAGCUGAGCGCGGCGCCGACGAGCUUGUCCAUCGAAACUCACUGGCAAAAACCUACGGCAAGCUUGGCAAGACCCUCGGGGAGGGUGCUGGCGGUCACGUCAAGAUCGUCAAGUCCAGCAAGGAUAGCCGGAUGUAUGCCGUCAAAGAGUUCCGCGCCCGUCAUGCCACUGAGUCUCAGCGCAGCUACUCGAAGAAAGUCAGCGGUGAAUACUGCCUAGGACUCACCUUGAAGCAUCCCAAUAUUGUUGAGACCCUUGACAUCAUCUACGAAACCGAAAAGGUCUAUCAGGUCAUGGAGUACUGCGAGUACGAUUUGUUUGCCAUUGUAAUGAGCGGCAAGAUGACUCGCGAGGAGGUCUUUUGCGAUUUCCGGCAGUUCAUGGAGGGCAUCCGGUAUUUGCAUGACAGCGGCCUGGCUCACCGCGACCUGAAACUCGAUAACUGUGUGGUGACCGCACAAGGCAUUGUCAAGAUCAUCGAUUUUGGCUCUUCAGUCGUUUACAAAUACCCCGAAAGCGACCGCACCUACGACGCACAUGGUGUGGUGGGUAGCGACCCUUAUCUUGCUCCCGAAGCGGCCACGGGCAACCGCUACGACCCGUGUGCCACUGAUAUCUGGUCUGCCGCGGUCGUGCUGUGCUGCAUGCUCAUGAAAAAAUUUCCCUGGAAGGCGCCCCGUAUGUCUGAUGCAUCCUUCAAGGUGUUUGUUAGUGAAGACGAGAACGGUGAGCGCCAGGGCCUGGAUAAACUGCUUGCCAGCUUGCCAGACGAGGUCGGCCCACUGAUCCAGGGCAUGUUCGACUUAGACCCUCUUAAUCGCUGGACGAUUAACCGCUGCUUCGAAGACUCAUGGCUCACGGGAUCUCCCCACUGCACGAUCGUUAACGGCGCAGUUGUUUCCCAGCCAGACCACCAGCACACUCGGGUUGCCUUUGAGGACGCACACAUUGCCAUGUUGGAGCGUAAGAACCGCAAAGCUAAGAAGACAGACAAGAUGUGGUGA